AUGCCAGCGGAAGAGGAGGUUUUUGGCAGCUCACCCUCUCCCACCUUCUCWGCUGCUUCAGCAGGACAUUUAGCUGCACACCAAGAACGCUCACCUCUUCUCCCAAGUGCGAAGARGAGGAGAAUUAAAUCCAUAGAGACUCCCAGGAGAGGCAAAUGCUGCCGAGGUACUCCAGGAGAGACCUCUCUUCUUUGGAUUCAGGGUACAGGUGCUGUGCUCUCCUUUCCUUGCCGUGACUCCUGCCGAGCAUGGUGCCAGGUCAUCARCGUGUCUGAAUCACACUCUCCUUUCCUCACCUCCAUGGACGGGACUGGCAAUGAAACGAACUGGAGCCUUUCCAUCUCUUCUGGAACCAAAUAUCAGCUCUACAUUGGCUUGGCUUUGGCCAUGGGUUCCAGUGUCUUCAAUGGUUCUAGUUUCAUACUGAAGAAGAAAGGACUUCUGAAACUGGCAGACAGAGGAGUCACCCGAGCUGGACAAGGUGGAUAUUCUUAUUUGAAGGAAUGGCUUUGGUGGGCUGGGCUGCUAUCAAUGGGAUUAGGAGAAGCUGCAAACUUUGCUGCCUAUGCCUUUGCACCUGCAACCUUAGUUACCCCCUUGGGUGCACUGAGUGUUCUCAUAAGUGCUAUAUUGUCAUCCCAUUUUUUAAAUGAGAAGCUGAACAUUCAUGGGAAGCUGGGCUGUGUACUGAGCAUUUUGGGGUCAACGGUCAUGGUUAUUCAUGCCCCRGAGGAGGAGGAGGUGACCUCACUAGAUGAGAUGGAAAGAAAGCUGCAAGAUCCAGUGUUUGUUACAUUUGCUGUUCUCCUAAUAGUUGUUGCCCUUGUCCUGAUUGUUGUUGUGGCUCCAAAGAAAGGUCAGACAAAUAUACUGAUCUACAUUUCAAUCUGUUCACUCAUUGGUGCCUUCUCGGUCUCAUCUGUGAAAGGCCUGGGCAUUGCCUUUAAGCAGAUGCUGGAGCGGAAGCCGGUCUAUCGCCGUCCCUUGGUUUACAUUUUGGUGGCCGUCUUGGUGCUGUCGGUCAGCACUCAGAUCAACUACCUCAACAAAGCACUGGACGUGUUCAACACAUCCCUAGUGACACCAAUUUAUUACGUGUGCUUCACCAGCACGGUUGUGACGUGCUCCAUCAUCUUGUUCAAGGAGUGGAAUAGCAUGCGGCCAGGAGAUAUCAUUGGAACCCUGAGCGGAUUCUGCACUAUCAUCAUCGGCAUUUUCCUGUUGCACGCUUUCAAAAACACCAACAUCACCUGGAGUCAGCUGAUGGCCACUGUUGCCAAAGAAACAUCACUACCACAACAUGAAUGCGAAACCAGGCACACUUUGCUGGACAGCAUGGAAGACCCAGCUUUGGCAUUGGAGGAGGACAUUUUAUUCAGUCAGUGAAACCCUCAAGCAGUGUUCAUCGUCAAACUAUCAUGAAUUGCAAACUUAGCCCACCCACGUCUACCAGAAUGCUCUGCAGUGCUCUGAAAAUKAGUCUGUGAGGCCUGUUAAGUGUGGGCCACUCCUCUUUGUGUCAGCUGUUGGCAGUGACAAAUGAAAAGGUUCAACAGUCAGUAUGACAGAGAGAUACCUGGUGGUGAUUGCAUGUCAGGAAAUGAAAAACAUUGUCCUUUUUUUAUGCAGCAUCUCCUCUUGGGAAAUUUUAGCAAAAAAAAAGGAUGGUCUUCWUAAGCCAUGUUUAAAAAUCUGAUUUUCUUUUAAUGAUGAAAKACAAUCCUUGCUGAGGUGACAGGUACUCUGCUAUUAUCUCAUUGUCCUUAAUAUAUCUGGCUUUCUUUAUAUUUUUUGUAAUUUAUUGCCAAGCAAGCUUGUAGACACUCUACAUGAAGGAUGUUCACUGGAGACACAAUAUGAAGAAAACAGUGUUUAACCCUUUUAGCUUUUAAUAUAAAAUUUUAUGUAAAUUUUUUUUGCUUUUGAUGACCUACCAAUGAACACUGAUUCGAUGUCACAAAAAAAUUCUAGCAAACACAAGUCUGGGUAACUCUCAGCUUUUCUACCCAAGGAGUCCUGAAAGGAUUGCCAAUCCCUGAAUAAAAUAGUGCUUGURCCUUUUUAUUUCAAAACUAAGACCAAGUUUAAGAAAAAGAAAAUCUAUUAGAUGCCUGAAAGCAGUUGCUACUGGCUUAAAAAAUUACAUGAGUUUAAAAAAAUUAAGUAUUCAAAGGGAGAAGAAAGCCAGAACGUGCAAUUACAAACUUCCACUUUGCUUUAUAUUUGAGAAUUAAGAAGAGGCUUUACUUAUUUCCAUACUCCUUUCUAAUACUGCCAUCUAUUAAUCAAAAACCAUUAAAAUUUCUCAAAUUCUUUUCCUCAUUUUCUGGAAAGGUAAUAUUCUUCUUUAAUAAUAAAACAUUCCUGUUAGUUUUUAUUCUUUUGUAACUGCAAAAUCCAUUUUACAAUCUAUGCACUAUUUCUAAAAACAGWAGGUAAAGCAUGGGCUGUAUGCAAGGGGUGAGAAACACUUUUUUUUUUAGUUUGGCCUUUUCAUCUUUUAAAAAAAAAUGAGUAUUCACCUAUGUUAUAUGUUUAACWAUAUGUUGAUCUACCAGAAGCUUUGAGUAUUGGUACUGUAUACUAUUGAGUAUCUGUACUAGAGUAUAUUCCUCAGUUGUGGUCACUGAUCUUCAUGUCCCAAAAAAGCUUGCACAGUCCAUGGGUUACUCAUUACGAUCCCCUUUGUUUUCCACUUUGUAAGCAGGUAGGCAACUGCAGUGAUCAGAUGUGUGGGUGGUGACAAGCUCAUCAGAAAGUAGUAUUUUCAAUCUUUGGGUUUUUAGUGUGUGUCCAGAAAGUUUGCCAGAGGAUGCCAGCACUUCAGCAGUUAAAAACCACUUUUAACCAGCUGAGAUUUAUAUGCCAAGCAGAACUUCCUAAGCAGGCUGUAUGUUUUCUAAUGAUCAAAAGGUUUAGUAGAAGAGGAGAGUUUGGAUGGAGAGAAAAUUGUUCCACCAAAAAAAAGCUUAUAAUUUAGCUGUAAGAAGAAAAAUGCUGCUGCUUAUAUUUUAUAUGUUUGUGGGGCAGCACUGUUACCCAGCAAAAGGGACAUUUUCACAAAACAAUGUACUUGCCUUCUAAAUAUGACAUUGUGUACAUUGUCAGUUUGGAAUUUUUUUCAGCUAAUCGAGUAAUGAGACUUGCAGCAAUUCUUUGCUGUUAAAAUGCAUGUGCCAAAAAAGCUUCAGAGAAGAAAAUGUACUAACAAGGUUUCAUUACUUCUUAGUUAAUAUAGAGAAUAAUUUGGUUUUAUUGACCAGAUUCAAGCUUCAAAAUCUUUAUAGUUAAAAACAAGUAACACAAAUAAUAAAAAGACUAAAGAUAGAGGGCUUUUUAUAUUUUGUCUUCUAACAAAAACUUGAAUUGCUUUUCACUCUGAAUUACACAGUUUAAAGAAUAACUGAAGAAAAUAUUGACUGUAAAAAAGAGAAAAAUGAGUCCUUUUGCAUAGUUCAUGGUCCCUCUAUUUGCUUAUACAGUCAUCACUGUGGUGUGACAAAAUGGGUUAUUUGUAAGGAAAAGUAACCAGUCCAGUCCUUGAAUGGAUGUGUGUGGGCAUUUUUUAAAGAUAUGUCAUAAUACUUCCUUUGAGAAGGGUGUGGACUCUUUUUAUACCAACUGUUGUCAAUCAAUUAACUUUUACCAAGCAAAAUUCCUGUAUUUUCUAUUGGACCUGUGUAUCUGCUAUUAUACAUAAAUAGCAACUCAUAAUAAAAGAAUGUUAUUUUCUAACAAUGUCAAAAAACAAAGUUARCGCUUAUUUUCAUGGUGUACAGGAAGUCCAUCAUGUUAAAAAAUAAAUUAGUGAUUAACUUUUUGUAUAAAAAAACUUGUUGUAAGAGAUGUUAUUUUUUAAAAUGUUUGUAUUUAGUUACUAGUUUGGAAUAACUUUGAUUUUUUUAAUUG